AUGGUGACGGGUCAUGUCAUUGGCAUCGACCUCAGUAGCAGCUGCCUUUACGGCACUCUUCCUGCAAACAGCAGCCUCUUCCACCUUCAAAGACUUCAAUGGCUCGACCUCACUGCCAACAACCUUCAUGGCUCUCUUCUUGAAAACAGCAGCCUCUUCCACCUUCAAGGACUCCAACAACUCAACCUUGCUUUCAACGAUUUCAAUGGCUCUAUCUCAUCAGAGUUAUUUAAUCAAUUAGUGAGUCUGACCCAUCUUAAUCUCUCCCAUAAUUCAUUCUCUGACUUAAUCCCAUAUGAAAUCAGUCUCCUGUCAAAAUUGGUCUCACUCGAUCUUUCAAGGAAUGGUUAUCCCGACUUGAGAUUUGAUAGUCAAGGUUUUGACAUGCUUGCACGCAACUUAACUGAAUUAAGAAACCUUAUCCUUGACUCUGUAAAUAUGUCUGAUGUUGCACUUCAGUCCUUUUUGAACUUGACUUCAUCUCUGGAACGUUUGAGUCUCAGUUUUUGUGAUCUGCAUGGGGAAUUUCCAAGUGAAAAUUUUCGCCUUCCAUACCUCCAGCACAUGGAUUUAAGUGGUAACAGAAAUCUUAUAGGUUAUUUCCCUAAGUCAAACUUGAGUAGUGGCCUUAAGUUGUUGGACCUUUCCUUAUGCAGUUUUAGAGGGUCAAUUCCUGCAUCAAUUGGAAAUCUCACUCAAAUCAUCUUCCUAGAUUUUUCUGUAAAUGAUUUUGGAGGACAGAUUCCUGAUGCUUUUGGAAAUCUUAAUAAAUUGACUUUUUUGUCAUUUGAUUCCUGUAAUUUUAGUGGUCAACUUCCAUCAACUAUGUUCAACCUCACACAUCUUACCCAUCUAGAUUUGUCAUAUAAUCGAUUAGAAGGUUCCCUGCCAAAUCAUGUUAGUGAGCUUCAAUUGGUAGUAGAUAUUAGCAUAUCCAAUAACCUUAUGAGUGGUGGAGUACCUUCUUGGCUGUUUACUUUGCCAUCUUUGAGAAAGUUAGAUCUCAGCUAUAACAAGCUCACCGGUCCAAUUGACCAAAUUCAGAAGCCUAAUUCUCUUGAAUAUAUUUGUUUGAGUUCUAAUGACAUUCAUGGAUCAAUACCAAACUCCUUUUUUGAUCUUGUGAGCCUUGAAAUGCUUGAUCUUUCCUCAAACAACUUGAGUGGUGUCAUCAAGUCAAAUAUGCUUGCAAAACUCAAAAAUCUUACGGAUCUUGAUCUUUCAAAUAAUAGUUUACUAUCAUUAAGCGCAAGCGAAAAUGAUGUUAACUAUUCCUUCCCUCAGCUUUAUAAUGUGUCAUUCUCUUCUUGUAGCAUAACACAAUUCCCAAGUUUCUUUCGAACAUCAAAUUUGGAGAUUUUAAAGCUUUCCAAUAACAAUAUUAGUGGUGGAAUUUCCAAAUGGGAAGCAGAAGGGUGGGAAAGCUUGCUCGAGUUGUACCUUUCUAACAACUCUUUGACCAAUUUGGAGCAAUUUCCAGGAAUGAAUCUUAAAGUUCUUGACCUUCGGUCAAACUUGCUUCAAGGGCCAAUUCUUUCAAAUUCUUUGAUUUGCAAUCAAAGUUCGCUUGUGUUUCUUGACUUGUCUAGAAAUUACUUGACUGGAACCAUUCCAAAUUGUCUUGGAAAUUUCAGCUUUUUUCUCCAGUUCAUGAAUUUGGAGGUGAAUAAUUUUUAUGGCAAAGUCCCUGAUUCUUUUACAAAAGAUCGGUUGGGAUAUCUUUUCCUUAAUGACAACCAAUUGGAAGGAUUACUGCCGCAAUCUUUGGCUAAUUGUAGUUCCUUGAGAAUUUUGAAUUUAAGGAACAAUAAGUUCACUGAUACCUUUCCCCAUCGGUUAGCUUCACUUCGUGACCUACAAGUUCUUAUUUUGCGAAAUAAUAGAUUGUAUGGUCCCAUGCCCACUUCCAUAGCUCCAUCUAACUUCUCGGCAUUGCAAAUAAUUGAUCUCUCUCAUAAUGAGCUCACCGGCCCCUUACCAACAAAAUUCUUCCAAAAUUUGAGAGCAAUGAAAGAUCAAAAGACACAUGGUGGUCUAGGCCCACUGUUGUAUAGUCGUGGAUGUGCAAUUUAUGAUCGCGACUGCCAAUCUUCUAUGGUUGAUUCUAAGAAAGCUUCUGUGAAUGUAACAACAAAAAAAUUGGAGAUGGAGUUGGCAGAAACCUUAACCAUUUUUAAAUCCAUCGACUUUUCGAGCAAUCUAUUUUGUGGACAAAUUCCUAAGGAAGUCGGAGAACUUAUUUCGCUCCAAACGCUCAACUUGUCUAACAACAACUUGACUGGUCCUAUCCCACCAUCUUUCGGAAAUAUGGUCGCACUUGAAUCGUUAGAUCUCUCAUCAAACAAGCUUGGUGGCGGAAUUCCUUCCCAAUUGACGAAUCUGACAUUCCUUGAAGUGUUAAAUCUUUCACAAAAUGAUCUUGUGGGACCAAUUCCCCAUGGGAAGCAAUUUGAUACUUUUGAGAAUGAUUCUUAUAGUGGGAACUUGGGAUUGUGUGGCUUCCCACUAUCAAAGCAAUGUGGCAACAAUGAGGAGCCAAAACCGCCGGUACCAAUGCUUAAGGAAGAUGAAGGUUCUGAAAUAGCCUUUAUUUGGAAAGUUGUAAUGAUGGGCUAUGGAUGUGGAGUGGUGUUAGGAUUGAGCAUGGGAUACAUUUUAUUCACAACAGGAAGACCAUGGUGGUUUGUCAGAAUGGUUGAGAGAGAUUGGCAAAAUAAUGUUACAAAGUGGAUUCGCAGAAGCAGCAGAAGAAGAAGAAACUAGCACUACAUCCAGAUCAUACAUAGGGGAGCCACCAUCGCUUGACGGAUCUUGGUGCAUCGCCGGCGAAGACUUGUCCGAGUUCGGCGCUGGCAAGGAAGGAUGGCUAACCCCUGACGCCAGCACCACUCUCCUCUGUGCUCUCGAUGCCCAUUCUCUC